CCGGCUCUGCACGUGGGUCCGGCGGCGGCGGCGGGCGCGGGCCGGGCGCCCCGGAGCACCGCGGGGCCCACGGCCGAGGAGGAGGUGCGGGCAGGGAGCCGGCGCGGGGGGCUCUCCGGUGGCCCGACGCGGUGCCCGCGGGAGCGCGUCCUCGGGGUGAUGGCCUCGGGCCCCUGGAAUGGCACCUUCAAUGGCACCUGGGACGGAGAUGAGCUGGGCUACAAGUGCCGCUUCAACGAGGACUUCAAGUACGUGCUUCUGCCCAUGACCUACGGGCUGGUGUGCGUGCUGGGGCUGGGGCUGAACGCGGUGGCGCUCUACAUCUUCCUGUGCCGCCUCAAGACCUGGAACGCCUCCACCACCUACAUGUUCCACCUGGCCAUAUCCGACGCGCUCUACGCGGCCUCGCUGCCGCUGCUGGUCUACUACUACGCGCAGGGCGACCACUGGCCCUUCGGCGUGGCGCUCUGCAAGCUGGUGCGCUUCCUCUUCUACACCAACCUCUACUGCAGCAUCCUCUUCCUCACCUGCAUCAGCCUGCACCGCUGCCUGGGCAUCCUCAGCCCGCUGCGCUCGCUGCGCUGGGGCCGCGCCCACUACGCGCGCUGGGUGGCGGCCGGCGUGUGGGCGCUGGUGCUGGCCUGCCAGGCGCCCGUGCUCUAUUUCGUCACCACCCGGGCCCGCGGCAACCGCACCACGUGCCACGACACGUCGGCGCGCGAGCUCUUCGGGGACUUCAUGGCCUACAGCUCCGUCAUGCUGGGGCUGCUCUUCGCCGCGCCCUUUGCCAUCAUCCUGGUGUGCUACGUGCUCAUGGCACGGCGGCUGCUGAAACCCGCCUACGGGACCAGCGGGGGCCUGCCGCGCGCCAAGCGCAAGUCGGUGCGCACCAUCGUGCUGGUGCUCAUCGUCUUCACCCUCUGCUUCCUGCCCUUCCACGUCACGCGCACCCUCUACUACUCCUUCCGCUCGCUCGACCUCAACUGCUCCACCCUCAACGCCGUCAACAUGGCCUAUAAGAUCACCCGGCCGCUGGCCAGCGCCAACAGCUGCCUCGAUCCCGUGCUCUACUUUCUGGCCGGGCAGAAGCUGGUGCGCUUUGCCAGGGACACCAAGCCGCCCACAGAACCCGGGCUCAACAACCAGAACUUCCAGCGGCUCAAGUCCAGGAGAAUGAAGACGCGGAGGGCCACCGAGGCGCUGGCCAACGGUGAGGAGUUCCGGCAGACAGAGUCCACGCCAGCUGGGAGCGAGAGCACCAAGGACAUCCGGUUAUAGGACCUCACCGUGCACGCCUAGGACAGGGUGGAGGCGGAGGGGUUAGCGUUUGUUGCAGCGGGGUGGUCUCCCCACGUGAGACCAUCGGGACUCAUGCUUCGGUUUGGUAGGAGCUUAGGAUCCCCUCCGUGAUCUGGAGAGACCAACAGGCCUCCAGCUGCCCUCCCCCAAUCCCAUUUAUAUGUGUGAGCUGGGCAACGCGGCUUUCAGGGAGGCAAAGUUUCAGCCCCCGUGCCCACGUCAAGGUCUGGGGCUGGAGGCCCCGCACAAGUCAGACAGAGACAAGCUGAGAGAGGGCCGGGAGGUCUGGGCCCGAGGCCCCAGGCACAGGGCCCUGCAGCUGCCCAGAGGACCAUGGUGAGGAGCAAGGACUGACCCAGAGGAGAACUUUGGGCAGGGCUGGGUGCCCCAAUGGGCUCAGCUCUGCAGCGCACCCCAGCCCGAGAGAUGAAUGUCUGCUUGGCCCUCUGGGCCAGGGCCUGGGACGCUGUCACUUUUACUAAAGAUGUUAU